AUGACUUCAGCUUCACCUAGAGUUUCUAUUGACAGUGUUCCUAAAUUAAAACUUAAACAGCGUUGCGUUAUUAGUAAAAUGAUCUUGAAUAAUUUUAAGUCGAAUUUUGGUAAACAGGAAAUAGGUCCGUUUAACGAGUCAUUUUCUGCUGUCGUCGGACAAAAUAAUUCGGGAAAAUCAAAUGUUAUCGAUGCGUUUUUAUUUGUAUUCGGUAAUCCGGCAAAUAAAAUGAAUCAAGCAAAAUUAUCAGAACUUAUUCAUUCAUCACAGGGAUGUGAAAAUCUGAAUGAUUGCAGUGUUGAUAUAUAUUUUGAAGAAAUUCUUGACUUGCCUGGUUCGGAUAAUUAUGAGAUUCUAACUCAAUCUCAAUUGGUUAUCUCGCGUCAAGCUUUUCGCAAUAAUACAAGCAAGUAUUUCAUAAAUGGAAGACAAAGCGAUUACAUCGAAGUUACAAAUCUUUUGAAAACGAAACCCAAAGCACUAGUGCAUGAGGAUGAACUCUUAGAAUAUAUUGAAGACGUUAUCGGAACUUUUAAAUAUAAAGUCUCUCUUGAAGAAGCAAGUGAAAAGUUUGAAACAUUGGAUGAAGACCAAUCAGAAAAAUUAAAUUGCGUUAAAAUAGUUGAAAAGGAAAAACAAAGUUUAGAGGCCAAGAAAAAAGAUGCAAAAGAUUAUCUCCGAGAUGAAAACACGUUACCUUUGAAACAGUCCGCCCUUUAUCAAAAAAAAUUUCUAGAAUGUAAGAUUAAUACUGAAAUAUCAACUAAUGCUGUGGUAGCAGAAUUGGCAAAUUAUGAGAGAGAGAAAAAGAAACACGCAAUUUCUAAACAGAAGAAAUUUACAAUGGCAAUUUCUAAAGAUCGUCAUGGACUUUCGGAAGCGAAAACAGCAAUACGAUUUAAUGAACAGAAUUUGGAAGUAAUGGUGGGCUUAGAAAAAUCUUUAAAAGCCCAAGAAAAGGAACUUGAAAAAAUCAGACAAAUCUUAGAGGCAGAAGAAGAUGCUGUCACGUUUAGACUUAGAGAAUCAUAUUUGAAAAAGAAACUAGAAAUCUUAUCUAUAAAGAAUCAAAUUGAUGACAAGAAACUAGAAAUUCAACAAUUGGACACUGAUAUAAAGCAUUACCUUAGUAAGUUCAACUCUAUUCUUGCCGAUUUUCGGGAAAGAGAUGAUGAGACGAAAAAACUUUUAGAAGCUUCUCAGUCUAGAGAACAAGUUCUUAGCAGCUUGAUAAAACUCAAAGAUAGUGGUCGUAUAAAAGGAAUUUAUGAUCGUUUGGGUAACCUUGGUGUCAUUGAUGAUAAAUACGAUGUCGCGAUUUCAAAUGCUUUUCCUGCAUUGAACAGUAUCAUAGUUGAUUCUGCUGAAGUUGGACUAACUUGUAUAGAAUAUCUUAAAAGAAACAAUUUAGGUUACGCCACGUUCAUUCCUUUGAAAGAACUUCCUACCAUGGACAUGCGCCCGAUACCAACACCUGAAAAUGUUCCCCGACUUUUUGAUCUUAUUAGGCCGAAAGAUGACAUGUUUAUCCCAGCAUUUUAUAAUGUGUUACAGGAUACUUUGGUUGCCCAAAAUCUAAAACAAGCUAUUAGGAUCGCAUUUGGUAAAACUCAAUGGAGCGUAAUGACUUUAAGAGGUGAAUUGGUUGGAAAAAAUGGCACUCUAAGUUUCGGAUCCGACAUAGUAUCUGAGAAAGAAGAAAAAUUGAAAAAAGAACGAUUCUACUUUGAAAUGCAGAAAGAAUUUAAUGAAAAAUUUAGACCUUUACAAUCUAAACUUCAAGAGAAAAAGGAUCAACUUUCUAAAUUAAAGUUUGAACUAUCGAAGAUAAAGAUGGAAGCUAAUGCUUGCGCAAAAAGGAUUAAAAUAGCCGAAUACUGCUAA